GAUGGUGGCCGCAAAGAAGAGGAAAAAGUCUCUGGAGUCGAUCAACUCUAGGCUCCAAGUUGUUAUGAAGAGUGGAAAGUACAUGCUACAGUACAAACAGACUCUGAAGAUGAUCAGACAGGGCCAAGCGAAAUUGGUUAUCCUCACCAACAACUGUCCAGGUUUGAGGAAAUCUGAAAUAGAAUGCUAUGCCAUGUUGGCUAAAACUGUUGUCCAUCACUACAGUGGCAAUAACAUUGAAUUGGGCACACCAUGUGGAAAAUACUACAGAGUAUGCACACUGGCUAUCAUUGACCCAGGUGAUUCUGAUAUUUAUUAGAAGCAUGCCAGAACAGACUGGUGAAAAGCAAACCAG